AUUUAGCUAGCCAUACACACAAAAGCACAAGUAACCAAUAAAAUGUCCAGUGUCAUGCAAUUCCUAGAGCAAAAAUUCACCUUAUUCCAACCAUUAUCCUUCUCACUCCUCCUCUUUCUUUCCCUCCCUUUCCUUCUCAAAUGGCUCCUCUCCACCACCACCACCACCAAAAAAAACCUUCCGCCAUCACCACUAAAGCUCCCCAUCAUCGGAAACCUCCAUCAACUCGGCCUCUACCCCCACCGCUCCCUCCUCUCCCUCUCCAAACUCCACGGCCCCGUCAUGAUCCUCCACCUCGGUUCCUCCCCGGCCGUCGUUGUCUCCUCUGCCGCCGCUGCCAAAGAAAUCAUGAAAACCCAUGACCUAAUUUUCUCAAACCGCCCCGAAUUCCGAAUCAACCGAAAGCUCCUCUACGACCUUAAAGACGUCUCGGUCGCCCCCUACGGCGAGUACUGGAGGCAAUUAAAAAGUAUCUUCGUCCUCCAACUCCUCAGCACCAAAAGGGUUCAGUCCUUUCGCCCCGCUCGCGAAGCAGAAACAAUAAACAUGUUAGAUUUCAUCGAAAAAUCGUGCAUUUCAUCACCAUCAUCGCCACCGUUGAAUCUGAGCGAGAUGUUUUCGUGGCUGACGAGCGACGUCGUGUGCAUGGCGGCGUUUGGGAAGAAGUAUAGGGUUGGGGAGAGAGGAGAGAAGUUUCAGAAGCUUUUGAGGGAGUUUGUGGGGCUUGUGGGUGGUUUUGAUGUGGGUGAUUUUAUUCCUUGGCUUGGAUGGGUGAGUCGACUCAGUGGGAAAGAUGGUGAAGUGGAUAGAGUUGCUAAAGAGCUUGAUGAGUUCUUGGACUCAGUGGUUCAAGAGCAUGAAGAUAGAAUGGUGGAAUGUGGAGGAGAGAGUGAUGAAAGUAAAGAGGACUUUGUUGAUACAAUGCUUAAGAUUCAAAGGGAUAAUAAGUCUUCUGUUACUAUUGAUAGAGAUAGUAUCAAAGCUUUGCUUUUGGAUGUUUUCGCCGGAGGAACAGACACAACCUCAACAGUCCUAGAAUGGGCAAUGACACAGCUCCUGAGACACCCCAAAACCAUGAAAAAACUCCAAACCGAAAUCAGAGCCAUAGCAAGAGGCAAACCCACCGUCACAGAAGACGAUCUAGACAAAAUGGACUACUUAAAAGCAGUCAUCAAAGAAACUCUCCGUCUCCACCCUCCUGUCCCAAUGCCAAUCCCCCGUGAAGCCAGCCAAGAAGUGGACGUAAUGGGCUACCAUAUCGCUGCCAAAACCAUCGUCAUCAUCAACGCUUGGGCCAUCGGGAGAGACCCCGAGUCGUGGGAGAGGCCCGAGGAGUUUUGGCCGGAGCGGUUUUUUAACUCCGCUGUGGAUUUCAGAGGACAUGACUUUGAGUUGAUUCCGUUUGGGGCCGGUCGGAGGGGGUGUCCUGGAAUUUCAUUUGCAAUGGCUACUAAUGAGAUUGUGUUGGCAAAUCUUAUGCAUAAGUUUGAUUGGGAGUUUCCUGAGGGAGUUAAGGGUGAGGAUUUGGAUAUGAGUGAGUGUACUGGUCUUACUAUUCACAGGAAAGUUCCUCUAUUCGCCGUUGCAACUCCGUGUUUUUAGUUGAUGUCUGGGUUCGAGUUUUACUGUUUGUUGCCUGAAUGCAUCUUCAUUGUUGGACUAGUGGGAGAUAGGCUUUGAGUUCGAAUUUUAUCUGUUGCAUCAAUACAUACUGGUGCUGCAACUCCGUGUUUUUAGUUAAUUGAUGUCUCAAUUCGAGUUUUACUAUUUGUUUGGUGUGUCGAUGCGUCUUUCUUGUUGGACUAGUAAGAGAUAAGGUUUGGGUUCGAGUUUUACUGUUUGUUUCUUGCGUCAAUGCAUCUUCCAUGUUGGACUAGUGAAGCAUGCUCUGUGACGUUUCUUUUGUCAGUAUUCAAAUAAAACUUCAGCCUGAUGACGAAUGGUUGUCUGUUGUUUU